AUGGGCACAGCCGAAGGAAAAGUUGAUAUCCAGCAAGUGGGAUUCGUCGUGAGAACGGUAAAAUUGCUUCCUGUAGUGGCAAACGAUUUGAAUCAGGCCAUUAGCCAGCAUAACAUGAAGAUCCUGAUACGACGCGCUGUAGUGAAAACAUUCACGAUCCCCGAUGGACAGGGAUCUGAAAUUGAUGAUCACUUGUUUCUUGGACAACUUGCAAAACGACUUAUCAUUGGUAUGGUGAGAAAUGCAGAUAUGAAUGGAGACCCCGCCACCAACCCGUUUGAUUUCAGACAUUUCCAUUUGUCUAAACUAGAAGUCAGUAUCGACGGGAAAACCAUUCUCAACAAAGCCUUCCAACCAGAUUUUGAAAAUGGAGAAUGUUUGCGAUCCUACAUGUUACUCUACCAGGCAACAGGAACUCUCGGACUCAACAGGUCGAUUGGACUGACUAUGACAGAAUAUAAAAGUGGCUACACUCUCUGGGGAUUUGAUCUCACCGCAGAUCAAGGUUGUGAGGAAGAUCAACUUCACCCUAUAAAAACGGGGAACCUGAGGAUAGAUCUUCAGUUUGCACAACAACUUCCUAGCGUCGUAAACGUGAUAGUAUACGCAGAAUUCGACAAUCAAAUAGAAAUCAACGGACGACUGAGAGAAGUCGUCACAGAUUAUUAA